UCCGGCUGGGUCCCAACUGUCGCCUUCCAUAGGGUAGGCCUGUACGUUUAACAGUGAGCAGCCUCUCUACAUAUCUGCCAUAACCCAAGAAAGAGUGACGCUAAACUGUGAAACAACUAAAAGGCUUAAACGGAAUUUAAUCUUUCAUUGCUUUAAAGGACAUUGGCCCUGCCUCGACAGUUGAACGAUGUCCACCGGUGAUUUAAAAGGUGCUCUCCGUAAACUGGACUCGUUGUUGCGGGCUAUGAAGUAUCCAAGAGACGUCGAUUACAACGGCUUAUCCAAAGGAGAUCCAUCAGCAUUCCUACCAAUAGUGGACUUCAGCUUGACCACGUUCUCCCCCCUCCUCACUGCACAGUUGAUUACGGCAGAGUUCGAGCUCACUGGAAAAACUGAUCUUCGAUUCACCGACACUGUUUAUAAGGUGCUGAGGGAUGUCUUCCAGUACAAACCCGUACUUACCAAGCAGCAGUUCCUACAGUGUGGUUUCUCUCAAAGUAAAAUAGCUGUUAUCUGUGACAUUAUUAACCUUGUCUUGCAACGGCACAAGCAGCUGAAAAAGGAAAAGUUGUGUAAAGAACCCUAUUCCGGGAAAACUGCAGGAGACGCCCAGCCUUUAUCUAGACACUCCUGUUAUAAGGAAAACGAUGGGCCUCUGAACUCUCCUGGAACUCUGAAUGGUCAACGGAUGAAUGAAGGGAAAGAAGACAAGGAGCUCCCAGAUAAAAGGAGAUCCCAGGUCCCACCUGUGGAAGAGCGGAUUUCAUCCCUGGAAGCCAGUUUAGAGAGCUUUGCACUGGUCAUAGAGAGGCUUCCCACACUGGGAACCCAGUUAGAGAGCCUCCCUAUGGCCCUAGAAAGGCUUUCUACAUUGGGAACCCGGUUAGAGGGCCUUCCUCUUGCUCUAGAUAAGCUUUCUACGCUUGAAACACGCUUGGCUAAACUGGAGACGCAUCUGGAGAAAGGGACGGCCUGCGGAUGCCCAUAUAAGAAUCAAGACCUUGUUACCAUUUCAAAAGAGAACUGGGACAAUCUUCAAAGCAGAGUUUUGUUGUUGGAAACUAAACUAGAACUUGCCAGUAUCCAGAGAGGUCCCCUGGAAGGAAGUCAUGAGCACAAACAGGCAGUAACCCAAGUCCAGCCCUCAUCGCUUACCUUCAGUCCUCCUCUCUCCUGUCCGCAGAAGGACGAUCUACAGGACAGGCUGGAGAGGAUAACCAGCAUGAUGAAAAAUACCUCAAGCCUGUUGAAGAUUUCUGAUGUCUCCAUAUAACUCUACAAUUAUCAUCUCAAACCUUUGUUAUGUUAUUCCAACAUGUGCCUAAAGUCUAAUAAAAUACAACUUUUAGAAUUAUACUUCUUUAAACAAGCAUUGUAUAAGACUGUUAGAAGCAAGGGAAUGAAUUCAAAAUGUCUAAUAUUAUUUAUUUAUGAUUAAAUCGUUUUAACCUUAUUUCAAUGGUUAUUUUAUAAGCCCAAAACCCUGCGUACAUUAAAAUAUAAUUUAUGCAACAAGUAUACACAGCAUAUUUCAGCUUCUACUACUUUCAAAUAGAUACACAACAUUCCUUAUGAUGCUUAGAUUUAAUACACUGCAAUUAUUGAAAGGU